UAACAAGUUCCUUCAUACUACUAGUCUUGUUAUUAUCUGUGCUAAUUAACGGUGAUGCAAGAUCACUAGGUGAAGUCUGUCAUGAUGAAGCUCAAUGUUUGGGAAACGUUACGGAUAUCGUACAAUCAUGGUUCAAAGAAAAAUGGAUUAUUAACAUCAAUUUUACAUGGUUUUGGUUUCGUCCUUGGAGGUUCGGUACUUGUUUUUGCAGUUAUUAGUUUCAUGUUCCCAUCUAAUUUUGCUACACUUGUAACUGAUCCCAUUAUUCUUAAAACUAAUAAUCUCGAAAGAUUUUCAUCUCCCAAUUCGCAAAAGUCCUCGAGUAAUGUUACGACUUCAAGUGUUGUACCCAUUGAUCUUCCUGGAAAAUUGGUGGUUACAGAAGAUAAUUUAGUUCCAACCUUAAGUACUGAUUUUUUUAGUGAUAGAAAUAGCAGUAGCACUAAAGCUUAUGAUCAGAAGCAAAGAAAUGAGAGUAAUGUGGAUUCUCCUGGUGCUGGUGAUUGUAAUAUUUUUGAGGGUGAAUGGGUAAUGGCUAAUGAUUCAAAACUGUAUUAUCCUCCUGGUUCUUGUCCUUACCUAAAAAGUCAACGAUCGUUCGAUUGUCACAGCAACGGGAGACCGGAUGACAAAUAUCUAAAGUGGAAGUGGCAGUGGCAAUCUCAUCCAACAAAUGCAGGGUGCAUUUACAAUAUACCCAGCUUCCUUAAUGCAACCGAUUUCUUAGAGAGAUUGAGAGGAAAGAAAUUGGUGUUUGCAGGCGACUCCUUGAAUAGGAAUAUGUACAUAUCUAUGGUGUGCAUAUUUUGGGGUGUGAUUCCUGACAAGAGCAGAAUUGUGAGAAGUGGAGGAGAUUUCAUUACUGUAUACAAGGACUACAAUUGUACAGUCGCAUAUGUGCAUACUGCAUUUCUGGUAAACCAUCUCGGGGUACAUACACCAGAAAAGGAGACCCUAAGAUUGGACCAGAUUGACGAGGCAUCAUCAUCCAGAUAUCGUGACGCUGAUCUUAUAGUUUUUGAUUCAUGGCAUUGGUGGGGUGGUGAUAAAACUCACUUUGGUAUCAACUUCUUUCAAGAGGGAAAUUACUUGUAUCCAAAGCUGGAUAUAAAUAAAGCAUUCAAGAAAGCCCUUACUACUUGGAGAAAAUGGAUUGACAGGAAUAUUGACUCUAACAAAACUCAAGUUAUUUUCAGAGGAUUUUCGCUAGUCCAUUUCCAUGGAGGGAAAUGGAACACAGGUGGAGGAUGUAAUCUAGAAACGGAGCCGAUCCCGAGUAAUGAAACAUAUGUAAAGCCAUCCCCUAUUCAAUGGGAAAUACUAGAAAACACUCUUCGAAGAAUGAAGACUAAUGUUUUGUAUAUGAACAUCAGUAAGCUUACGUACUAUCGAGCCGACGCACACCCUUCUGUAUAUGGAAAAGUUUACCCCGCGCAAGAGAGAUUAAAAGCUCAUCAGGAUUGCAGUCAUUGGUGCUUACCAGGUGUACCUGAUACUUGGAAUGAGUUGUUGUAUGCUACUCUUCUGAAGGCUGGUAAAGGAUCCUUUGGCACCUAAUUGUAAAGAACUGAUCAAUGUAAAAUUCACGCGUGUUCACAAGCAACCACUUGGUUGGAGUAUUAGAUAUAUCUUUUUCAUCAUGAUUGAUU